CUUUUCCGUCAGUCGGUUGUCAACAUUCAGUUCGAUCAGACUCAUUAGGUUAAUUUUAGUUAACAAAGAUAUUAGUUUUAUUUUCCAAAAGUACAACAAACAAAAUUAAUUAAAAUGACAACAUUUAAGCAAGUUCCUCUUACAUGUGGUGGCCAUACUAGACCAGUCGUGCAUUUGGACUUUAGUGACGUUACCAAGGAUGGGUAUUACCUGAUUUCUGCCUGCAAAGAUGGCAAGCCCAUGUUGCGGCAAGGUGAGACAGGUGACUGGAUUGGCACCUUCGAGGGCCAUAAAGGAGCCGUGUGGGGCGUAGCUUUGACUCAAAACGCUAACCUAGCAGCCAGCGGGGCGGCUGAUUUCUCAGCGAAACUUUGGGACGCGCGUUACGGCGAAAUGGUCCACACAUUCGACCACGAUCACAUAGUGAAGAGUGUGAACUUCAAUGCGGACGACUCACUUCUCCUCACUGCGAGCAAUGAGAAACUCAUACGGGUGUUCGACUUGAACAAGCCUGAGGCUGGACCCGUGGAGAAAUUCAGCGCACACACGAGCAGCAUCCGACACGCCGUGUUCCUGCACAACUCCCGCAUCGCUAGCGUCAGCGACGACCUCACCAUGCGAGUCUGGGACCGGACGUCGGGCCAGGAGGUGAACAAAAUCGAGUUUACUUCAAUUCCAAAUAGUUUAGAGUUAUCAAGGGACGGCGCUAUUUUGACGGUAGCACAUGGAACGAACGUGUCAUUCUACUCGACGGACACAAUGCGCAAGAUGCGCGAAGUGGCCGUCCCGACCAAGUGCUACUCCGCGUCGCUGGCGCCCUCGCGGGCCACCUUCGUGUGCGGCGGCGAGGACCUCAAGGUCUACAAGUUCGACUACAACACCGGCACUGAACUAGAAUCGAACAAAGGGCACUUCGGUCCGGUGCACUGCGUGCGAUGGUCGCCGGACGGCGAAUUGUACGCCACCGGGUCCGAAGACGGCACUGUGCGGCUGUGGCAGGGUGUACCUGGACGCGUGUAUGGCCUGUGGCGGCGCAGCAACGAAACCGCGCCCAUCACCAACGGCUUCAAGGAGGUCGCCGCCAACUGACACACGGACGCCUGUCCACAGGAUUUCGAGAGACAGUGAGUGCAAACAAAAUUGUGCCUGGCGUUAUCGCCCGACGUUGUCCCAGGCAAGCGUGACCGUUACGUUUCGAGGGGGCUAUCUUUUAAGGUCUGUUGCACCAAACCCUUAUUAGUUUCUUCAGGGUCCGUGUUGUAACGAUAAGAUGACCAUCGCGGCAAAGCACGGUCCACCUUGGAUAAGUUGGCGGUCCCCUAUUUGAUGACCCCUGUCCUAAAGCUUUUCAACCCUUUAAACUUUAGAUCGUAGGUAUAAGACGCGCAGCUACAGCACAGAAUAUAUAAUAGUACAAGUACAGAAGGCUCACUCCUUUGAUGUUCACAAAAUGCCGCCAUUCUAAAUUCUUACCUACAUCAACAAACGCACCGCACGCGAGCAGCCGACAUUGAAUUU